AUGGCUAAAACCUCAAACAACCGUAACAACAAGAACAACAAAACAGCAAGAAGAAAGAAACCAACAAUCAAUGUUCGUGCACCACAAUGGUUCGCUUAUGAUGGCAGUAAUUCUUCUUCAUACAGAGAUGUUUAUCGUAUCAUGCCUCAAGCAAAUCCAGUUGGAAGAGAGCGUAUUAGAAUGGCUGCUUGUUUGGCAAUGUUUGCUCAUUCAGCCUCAUUCUAUCUUCGUCAUGCUCUCGACCCCUUUUACAGCAAGAGAUAUCAACGUGGAAUCAAAAUCGGUUGUCUGGAUCCUGAGUAUUUCGUUAGAUAUUUCGGUAAUUCUUCAGCAAGAUACGUCACCAAGCAUCAAGUUUUGCAUUUUGAAAAUCACACUCGUAGAAUUGAAUGCAUUGGUUUUGCCUUCGAUAAUUUUGAAGAUAUGCCUGGAUUGAAUUGUGGAAAAAGUUAUGCUUUAAGAGGAUUUCUUGUUCAGCAUCCAGUUUGGAUUUUCGAUCAUAAUAUUAAUCAAUAUGUGAGAAAGGAUUUUGAAUAUCUAUAUCGAAUGUUUUUCACAAAACUCGUCUUCUAUUGCAAUACUGAAUCAUGGAUGGUUACUGUUGAUUUUGAUUGGACAAUUGAAAGAUAUAACGAAAUGAAUGGUACAUGGGAUUUGGUUUAA